AUGUUGCUUGAACAGCUCCCAACUUCAUCCUCCUCUUCCAGUUCCGGCGCUGACAGUGGUGACCGGAGGACCUCACCCCAGGCCCAAGUUGAAAACCCUAGCCCAUCCUCUCAACCUCUACCACAAACAAGCGCCGCUCCGCCUCCCGAGGUGGACGAAGAAGCCAUCAGGGACCGAGCCACAACUUCCACACCCCAAAAUCCUCCUCAAAACCCUCCAUCUUCUUCCCAAACACCUACCCCCCGUCAUACCCCUACGCCUACACCCGCGUUUCCACUGGUACAGUACAGUGGGGACGAUUCUGAGGAAGAAGGGGCACAACCAGCCGCCACUCCCGCUGCCAAAGCAGAAUCCGUGCCGCAACCACGUGCAGAGGGCGCUACUGCUCCCAACACUCUGACACGACCAAGUGGCGGAGGCUCCAACUCCCCUACUCUCCUAGGGCCGACACAACCGAUCAAGGUUGUAAAUGUUGACGACGAUUCUACGGAGGACCUUCUGCCUCCUCCCAACAAAACACUGCAACAAAGAGAGGCGGAUUGGAACUUCAUUCCUCAUGCAGAGGAUGAAUCAGUCCCGAAUAGGGAGGAGGAGCCGUUGCGUCGUUGGACGCACAGAAUGGAGAUCAACCGGUUGGUAGAGGAGGUGGAGGCUGGUGUGGCCAGCAUGCAGAAGGCAAAGGAGGAGCAGGUGGAGAGACCCCGCAUAGUACGGUCGAUAUUGGAUAAACCGGAGGAGCCGGAAAACUGA